GCGGUGCCUGGCGCUGCAUAAAAGCGGAGGGGCUGCCGGUGACCCUCGCGGCCGCGCGGGGACAGGGAGGUGUAGGAGAACAGCUCUGCAUUUCUGUCCAACUAGUCAGCGUUACGUCGUCAAGUUAAAAGGAAGGUGUAUUGGAGGCUGCACUCAUAAAGGAAGAAGAUGGUUAAUUCUAAAGGAAAAAUCACUGACUCAGAUCCUGGAUCCAAUCAUCUGUUACUAAAUGGACUUCCUGAUAAGGCAGGGAAAAAUCAGGACACUGAGCCCGAGAACAGCCUAUGUAGCCAGUACGAGGAGAAGGUGCGCCCCUGCAUUGACCUCAUCGACUCCCUGCGGGCGCUGGGCGUGGAACAGGACCUGGCCCUGCCCGCCAUCGCCGUCAUCGGGGACCAGAGCUCGGGCAAGAGCUCCGUGCUGGAGGCUCUGUCGGGGGUCGCCCUCCCCAGAGGCAGCGGGAUUGUUACAAGAUGUCCUCUGGUACUGAAGCUGAAGAAGCUCCUGAACGAGGAUGAGUGGAGGGGCAAAGUCAGUUACCAGGACUUCGAGAUGGAGAUUUCAGACCCUUCGGAGGUGGAAGUGGAAAUCAGUAAAGCCCAGAAUGUCAUUGCUGGGGAAGGACAGGGGAUCAGUCAUGAGCUAAUCAGCCUGGAGGUCAGCUCCCCUCAUGUCCCGGAUUUGACCCUGAUAGACCUCCCUGGCAUCACCAGGGUGGCCGUGGGCAAUCAGCCGGCUGACAUCGGACGCCAGACCAAGCAACUCAUCAAGAAGUACAUCCUUAAGCAGGAAACGAUCAACUUGGUGGUGGUCCCCUGCAACGUGGACAUCGCCACCACAGAGGCGCUGAGCAUGGCUCAGGAGGUGGACCCCGAUGGAGACAGGACCAUAGGAAUCUUGACAAAGCCUGACCUGGUGGACAGAGGUACUGAAAGCAAGGUGGUGGAUGUGGCACAGAACCUUGUCUGUCACCUGAAGAAGGGCUACAUGAUUGUCAAGUGCCGGGGCCAGCAGGAUAUCCAGAACCAGGUGACCCUGACCGAGGCUCUGCAGAAAGAGAGAGACUUCUUUGAGGACCACCCACAUUUCAGGGUCCUCCUGGAGGAAGGAAGGGCCACAGUCCCCUGCCUGGCAGACAGGCUGACCUCUGAACUCAUCACGCACAUCUGUAAAACUUUGCCCCUGUUAGAAAAUCAGAUAAAGGAAAACCAUGAGAAAAUAACACAGGAGUUACAAAAGUACGGCUCUGACGUGCCCGAAGAGGAGCAUGAAAAAAUGUUUUUUCUGAUAGAGAAAAUUAAUGCCUUUAACCAUGACAUCAACUCCUUAAUCGAAGGGGAAGAAUUUGUGGGGGAGGACGAGAGUCGGCUCUUCACCAAAAUCCGAAACGAGUUCCACAAGUGGAGCUCUGUGAUUGAGAAGAAGUUCCAACAAGGUUACAGAGUUAUAUAUAAACAAAUCGAGAAAUUUGAAAAUCGGUAUCGUGGCCGAGAGCUGCCAGGGUUUGUCAAUUACAAGACGUUUGAGAUUAUCAUAAAACAGCAACUCAAAGAACUAGAAGAACCAGCUGUCUAUAUGCUGCACAUGGUAACUGAUAUGGUCCAAGCUGCCUUCACAGAUAUUUCGAAAGCAAAUUUUGCUGAAUUUUUCAACCUUUACAGAACUACCAAGUCCAAAAUUGAAGACAUUAAAUUUGAACUAGAAGAAGAAGCUGAGAAGUCCAUCCGCCUUCACUUCCAAAUGGAGCAGAUCGUCUACUGCCAGGACCAGGUGUAUCAGCGUGCAUUGCAGAGGGUCCGAGAAAAGGUGUCGGAGGAGGAAAAGAAGAACAAAAAAAUAAACAGCAUGAGCUCCGAGGAAGUUUCUUCAGUAAACAUCUCCUUGUCUGAAAUCUUUGAGCAUUUGCUGGCUUACCGUCAGGAGGCCACCAACCGCAUCUCCAGCCACAUCCCCCUGAUCAUCCAGUACUUCAUCCUGCAAGUGUACGGCCAGAAGCUGCAGAAGGGCAUGCUGCAGCUGCUCCAGGACAAGGACACCUACAACUGGCUCCUGAAGGAACACAGUGACACCAGUGACAAAAGGAAGUUCCUGAAGGAGCGGCUCUUGCGGCUGGCCCAGGCUCGGCGCCGCCUGGCCAAGUUCCCCAGCUAAGGCGGGCUCCCGGUCCCACCCGCGCCUCCGGGGCACAUCUGCUGGGAGCGGGCGCGCACUCUCCCCGCCCCCGGCCCCCCAACCACGUCACAGGAGUUAGCAGCCAGUCUUUCCAGUCGUUGUCUGUGCUUGUCCCUGAGCGGGCAGGGAGCUAGCAAGAGGAUGCAGGUCGUGACGGCGAUCGGGAUUUGUCCUGGAGGGCUGCCGCCGCCGCCUUCCCAGUCAGGAAAAAUGAUUUUCCGCCCCCGGGAUUGUUCCUCCCGAGCCCUCUCCGUCUCCCACCGGGGACCGGUGCAUGCGAAGCGUCGUAGAAGGCUUUGUUUCUGCUUUGGGCCACUUGCUUUCAUGCAGCUGAUGUUUUGGGAGCAUUCGUGCCAUG